AUGUUGGCCCCAACCAAAAUUGUAAGAUGGGUUUGGCGGGAACCAAGCUGUGAGGUGACCGACAGAUACAUCGCAUCUACCUGGUGUGGUGUGGAGGACUCGAAGGUGCUUCUUUCCUCCCCCUCGUUAUUGUCAUGUCUCAGUGACAUUGCUGGAGACGAGACGAGAGGACUGGCCAGCAAGGUCGUCCUGUGCUGGUGCCAUAGUGCUGGUAGCCUUGUCUUCCAUCUCCUCUUAAUCAAGGAGUUGGGAACAAUGGCUGCUGCAGGGUGGCUAGAUGUCACCAUAAUUGGUGCGAGGGAUCUCAAGGACACGGAGAUCUUUGGCAUGCAAGAUCCGUACGCGGUUCUGAUCUACGGUCAACAGACUCACCGCACCAAGACUCACAAAGACGGACACACGUCGCCGGUGUGGAACACGACCUUCCGCCUGAACGUUAUCCAUGGCGUCGACGAGGCCCAACUCGCAGUCUGGAACGAAAACAGGAAGGCGGAUGACAAGAUUGGGACUUGCAAGCAGCAGGGGAGUCUUCGUCUCGCUCUAAAGUACUACCCGGUUCUUUCAGUAACAUUCUGUGACCCGUCACUUGCCUGUCUCCCUCUUCCCCUUCCCCCUUUCCGCCACCCAUCUCAGCCUCUCGGUGCACCUGGCGCCCCCGCCGCCGCAGCAGCAGCAGGAGCAGCAGCUGCUUCCCACUCCGCCCAACCCCCCCACGGAUACCCCCAGCAGCACGCCCCUCCCCCGGGCGGCCACGCCCCUCCCCCUGGCGGCCAUGCCCCCCCGCCAUCUGGUUACCCUGGUUACCCGGCCCAAGGCGGUUACCCUGGCGCUGCCCCCGCGCCCUAUGGCGCUCCUCCGCCUGGCGGGCAUGUCCCCGCGCCCUAUGGCGCUCCCCCCCACGGUGGACAACCCCCUGCGCCCUAUGGCGCCCCUCCUCAAGGCUACCCGCCUGCUGGGCAUGCGCCCGCCCCCUAUGGCGCUCCCCCUCCCCACGGUUACCCUCCCCAGGGUUACCCGCCACAGGGUUACCCUGGUUAUGGUGCUCCUCCUCCCGCCCAUGGGCAUGCGCCUCCUCAUGUGCAUCAUGCUCCUAAGCCGGCUGUGGUGGUGGUGCAUGGCCAUGGUGAGUUGGGAGGAGUGAGUUUAGUGCAUAUGGGAAGGGCAGAGGUGAAGGGUUGGGGGCAGAGGGGAAGGGCAGGGGGCAGAGGGGAAGGGCUGGGGGAGAGGGGAAGGGCAAGGGGAAGAGGGGAAGGGCUGGGGGCAGAGGUGAAGGACCUAGGCUCUCUUUCCCUCUUCCGCCACCACCACCAUCACAAGCGCAAGUUCAAGGGCUUCAUUGGUAAGCGGAAGGGGUUCUUUGGUAAGAGAAAGGGGUUCUUGGGGAAGCGCAAGGGCUUUUUCGGAGGCAAGGGCUUUUUCUAA